GCGUAUAGAAUCUGGUUUCCCCAGCAGCAUUGUUCAAAUCUGAAUUCAAAUUCUGAUUCUACACAACCAAGCCUUACGACGCCGGACUGGAAUUUCGAAAUCUGGAAGCCUCGAAAUCUUAACAUCGACUUUCAAAUCCGAAAUUUGAAUUCUCUCUUGGAAAUCUGCUUUUCUCUUCAUAGAUAUGUUCGACACGAGAGACCGCUGUGAACCAGCAGACCAGCAAUCAUACUUACCUUGACGCGCUUGACAACCCCCACAUCCUACGAUGACUUGGUCGAAAAACAACACAAUUUCCGUGCUUGCUCUUUUCGCAAGCUGCACGCCUAUAUUCAUCCUGCUCGCUGCGCAUCUACUCCGUCAGAGGCGACUGCGCGCUAAGAAGCAGCCUCGACUGGAUGUAGAAGGGACACCAACAGCACCUCAACCACAAUCGUCGCAAUAUGUUUGGAUUAGGAGGGAGUAUACGCUUGUGGCAUUGAUCCUCAUCCAGAGGGAUGCCCACUUUGCGGAUCGCGGAACUUGGGCGAUGAGAAGUAGGUAUGGUGGAUCGGACUCUUCGAGCACUCCGCUGACUCCUUGGAAAGAUACACACUACAGAUGA